GUACACGCACACACAUACUGAGGGUGACUUGUAUAGGCAGCCAGCACACAGAGAGAGAGAGAGAGAGAGAGAGAGAGAGAGAGAGAGAGAGAGAGGCGCUCUCAGAAACAGAAAGGUACACAGAGAAAAGAGUGGACGACAGAAAGUGAGAGAAGGAGAAAGAGGACGGUGGCUCCUGAGCAUCUCCUGCGCACCUUUUCACUCCCGCACGCUCACGGAUCUUAAACGUCUACACUUCAUCUUCCUCGACUUUUCUCCACAGAGAUUAAAACUUCUACAAAGAGGCAUUUUAACUAUUUUCUCUCUUAUAUGUUUUUUAUUUUUGUUGUUGUUGUUGUUGGGGUUGAGAGAGAGAGAGAGAGAGAGACGCGAUUCCUGGAAGUUUUUUCGUUCAUUUUUUCCCCCCAAACCAAGUCUUUCCAUCCCUCGAGAAGUUUUAGAAAAGUAAAGCCCGCUUUAGUUCCAGGGCUCGGCUUCACUUUUUUUUUCCACGUGUCCCAGCUUUUGACAUAAACGUGUCACCUUGAGAUUUUGACUUUAAAGUUUCAGACUUUAUUUUUUUUUCCUUCAUUUUAAAGUCACUGACCCACAGACAAGACCAAAAAUGAGAUUUCAAACAUCAGGACAGUCCCCAGUCUCGUGCGGUUCUUGUGCUCAAUGUUUAAAUCAUUAAGACAAAAGUGAGUUUUAAUGGUUUUAUUUUUACACUUUACACGCUGAGGUGUGAUACUGAAGAUAUACGGGGAGUGUGGCGGCACAGCUCACCUGUAGCAUCUCCUGCGCUCAGCAGACACUUUGAUUUGCACUUCUUUUCUUUUUUUACGCACAGAAACGCAACUUUGUGACUUUUUAAAACUGGAGAUCCAGUUUGACUGAGAGGGAAAAGAUCGCUCUCCACACAGUUCAUUCAUUCUGAAAACACAAGCCGCCUCUUGUCACUUCCAGAGCACUUUGGAGUGCGUAAAGGAGCGCUGCGCUUUUACGCAAAAAAAACCCAAAAAAACUUCCAACGUCCAACUUUUAAAUCAUCCCGCGGAUCCAGAUCUACACGUUUUUAUAAAGUUUCAGCGCAACUUUCUGCAGCUUUUUUUGAGUCAUCCAGAGAGAGAGGGAGAGAGAGAGAGAGAGUGAGAGAGAGAGAGAGAGAGACCACCGGGCUCUCCAUCAAGAUGCUGUUCGACAGUUUCGACCUCGUGUCGGCUCUGGCCACUCUGGCCGCCUGCCUGGUGUCCAUGGCCCUGCUCCUCGCCGUCUCCCAGCAGCUGUGGCAGCUCAGAUGGACGGCCACGCGGGAUAAAAACUGCAAGCUGCCCAUGCCGAAAGGAUCCAUGGGCUUCCCCUUCAUCGGCGAGACCUGCCACUGGCUCCUGCAGGGUUCGGGCUUCCAUGCGUCGCGGAGACAGAAAUACGGCAACGUGUUCAAGACUCAUCUCCUGGGUCGCCCGCUGAUCCGAGUGACGGGCGCCGAGAACGUCCGCAAGGUGCUGAUGGGCGAACACACGCUGGUGACGGUGGACUGGCCUCAGAGCACCUCCACGCUGCUGGGACCCAACUCGCUCGCCAACAGCAUCGGAGACAUCCACCGCAAGAGGAGGAAGGUGUUUGCCAAAGUGUUCAGCCACGAGGCCUUGGAGUCCUACCUCCCCAAGAUCCAGCAGGUCAUCCAGGAGAGCCUCCGGGUGUGGAGCUCCAACCCUGAGCCCAUCAACGUCUACAGGGAGAGCCAGAGGUUGUCGUUCACCAUGGCGGUGAGGGUGCUGCUGGGCUUCAGGGUGUCAGAGGAGGAGAUGAGGCAUCUGUUCUCAACCUUCCAGGACUUUGUUGACAACCUGUUCAGUCUGCCCAUAGACCUGCCGUUUAGCGGCUACAGGAAGGGUAUCCGUGCACGAGACACCCUGCAGAAAAGCAUAGAGAAGGCCAUCAGGGAGAAGCCGCUGUGUUCCCAGGGGAAGGAUUACAGCGACGCACUGGACGUCCUGAUGGAGAGCGCCAAAGAGAACGGCACCGAGCUCACCAUGCAGGAGCUGAAGGAGUCGACCAUCGAGUUGAUCUUUGCAGCCUUCGCCACCACUGCCAGCGCCAGCACUUCCCUCAUCAUGCAGCUCCUCCGCCAUCCUGCUGUCCUGGAGCGCCUAAGGGAGGAACUGAGAGCCAGGGGCCUCCUCCACAAUGGCUGCCUCUGCCCCGAAGGAGAGCUGAGGCUGGACACCAUCGUGAGCCUCAAGUACCUGGACUGUGUCAUCAAGGAGGUGCUGAGACUCUUUACGCCCGUCUCAGGGGCCUACCGAACCGCCAUGCAGACCUUCGAACUUGAUGGAGUCCAGAUUCCCAAGGGCUGGAGCGUGAUGUACAGCAUUCGGGACACCCAUGACACCUCCGCAGUCUUUAAGGACGUGGAUGCUUUCGACCCCGACCGCUUCAGCCAGGAGCGAGGAGAGGACAAAGAGGGACGUUUCCACUACCUGCCCUUCGGCGGUGGCGUCCGGUCCUGUCUGGGCAAGCAGCUCGCCACCCUUUUCCUACGCAUCCUCGCUAUCGAGCUGGCCUGCACCAGCCGCUUCGAGCUGGCCACCCGGCAGUUCCCCCGCGUGGUCACGGUACCCGUGGUCCACCCUGUCGAUGGGCUCAAGGUCAAGUUCUACGGCUUGGACUCCAACCAGAACGAAAUCAUGGCCAAGUCAGAAGAGCUGCUGGGAGCGACAGUCUGAACGGCAGAGAGUUGACGAGUAGGGGUGGGGGUUAGUGAUCGAAGAGGUCUUUAGGGAGAAGAUUGAAGGAAGGAAAGAAAUAUCAGAGUUAUCUUUUCUUCUCCACCUUUGUUCUGACAAGUUGGAGGUUUUUUUCAGACUAAAAGAAAAGCAGAAGUCUUCGUCUCUUCUUACAACUGAUGAUGAUUGAGACUUUCCUCUGAGACAGGAAGAAGCUGCCAAAAAAGUUCCUAAUUAUGCUCUAUUCUGUGUAUUUUUUUAAAGAAAUAUACAAACAAAAUGUAUGUACAAAAAAAGCUAUGUAAUAUAAUUUGAAAGAGAAUGUGGGUAGUGCACAACGGGAGAAAGAGAGGUAUGGUGGUACUUUUGGCGAAAUGAAGUGUUGAAACAAGAAAAGUAUAAGUAGGGAUAGUUAUGGAAGAAUGGCAAGAUGGAUGAAACAGGGUAUAGGAUGAAAGAAUGAUAUGUUAGCAUUUUGCUUGUGCUUAAUCAAAAUCAGUGGACCAUUUCAGUUGUCUAGCAGGGUAAAAGAGAUGGAAAUAUAUACUGAAAGUUCGAGAUUUUCUGGUCCAAAAAUUGGUAAAUUUGUGGUCAGGCUUCUUCAUGUUGCCACCGAGAUUCAACUCGAUUUCUUCUCAGUUGAAAAAGAUUUGAAAGAAUGACAGAAAUCAGCGGUGGCUUUCUUUCAGGUGUUUUCCAUCAAAGGUCUAUCAAAAUUCAAAUUGUUUACUAGCUUACACAUGCAGUGAAAAGGAUCAUAGCACAGUGGGUAGCAAGUUGUGGCACAGAUUGACAUGUUGCUGAGCUUGUCAGAUUGGCUCUGACGGUUUCUUCAAGCGAGCUGUAUCAUGAUGCAGUAAAUACAGUUUAUAUUUGUGACGCUAAUGAGAGUCAAGUAUCAAUUUAGGCAGCGAAGGGAAGGGCUGCGCUUAAAAAUGUAAGGGAUGUAGUUCUGAUUUGGGAGAUGUACUGGCUGCAUAUUUUAAAAGGGCAGAACACAUAACAUUUAAUAUAAAUGGGCAAUUUGUUCUGUUUCUUGCGACAACGUUGCCUGCUGUUUUUUCAUGAACUGAUUUUUAACUCAACGGUUUCCAUAUUGCUUCCAUUCAUGCGCCGUACAGCAAAAAUAAGCUUCUCAAACUACCAACAUUACAAAGAAACAUUGGAAAUGUAAAGGGGAAAAACUUAAAAGAGUCUUUAGUUUCAAUUCUUGCUGGAAGAUGAAUGCCAUUUUUUUUGGCGUAAUCAUUCAGUACACUUUCUCUUUUGGGUUCCAAAUUACAACCCUAAAAAACAGGAAGUGAUCAAGAGACAGAAUAGAAACUGCACUCACGAGAAACUCAAAGAAACUGCAAGCCCAUAUUCUGACAUCCUAAAUUCUCAAAUUCUACCUUGAUCCUAGAUUUUCUAGUUAUCAAUAUCUCCAGUGGAAAACAUCACUCUCUUCUUCGUCUCUGCAGCCCACAGGUUGCCCAUCUGCAUUGCCUCAAAUUGUUGCCCAUUUAUACGGCAUAUCCAAGUAAUCUUGGUGGUGUGUGAACUCAGGUGCUGAGUAGACAUAGUGGUGAAUAAUGAAUAAGCCUUUGCUUUUUUUAAUAUAUUUAACUCUGACUGACUGCACAUAAAAAGACUAUCACUUACUUACUGAUAUAGUUUCAGAGCUGGACCGAUUACUUUUUGAAAAUCUCUCAAUUACUUUGUGUUCACAUAAACAAAAAUAUAUCAGGGGUUUUCCGUGAGUGUUUCUCUCACUUGACGUAUUAGCUUCUCCAACAAUUCUGUACCCCCCCCCCCCCCCCCAAGGAGAUCAUUUUGGUGGUGCACGAAGAAUCAACCAACAGGAAUUCCCAAUUGGCAUCACACAACAUAAAAGUAACUGAAUCCAGGUCAAACAGUAAUAAGGUCCAGGCCUGCUUUGUAAACUCUCUCAACCUGUGCUUUGAUUAACGAAGUACACUUCUAAGUUGCAUUGAGAUUGUACUCUCUCGGACGGUGACUUUAUCCCACGAUGAGGAUACGAUGAAGAACUUGCUCUCACAAAUCGGCGCAAAUUCCUGAGCUGGAGGAGGAGAAAAAGACAGAGGGAUAAGGUGGAGGUGGAGAGGAGAUGACCUACAUACAUGCUGCUUGAGUGUUGCUUUGUCAUUCUGUGUUUGUUUAUUUGUGUGCUGUUUUUAUUUUCCCGUCUCCUUGGGGUAGUCAUUUUAAGUUCUGUGGAGAAGGUGACGUUCUGUCUUGCUGCUCCUCCAAUCAACGCUAAGAAUGCAAAAACAAAAAACAAUUUCCAUGGUUAAAGCAACUUUAUUAGCUAAAAGAGAUUUAUUGUUUGAGGUGAUUGCACAAUCAGGACUCUCAGAGCUUUGUGUGCUCCAUUAAUGGAGAGGGAGAUUUCUCUCUCAUUUUCCCCAUGCAUGGAAGGCUUCGACAGCGGGACUCUGGGACGUGUUAGCGGAACCCUGGGACAUUCUAGAAUGCUCGGACACAGUUCUAAGUUCCAAACCGAAGCUUGAGAGAGAGCGAGAGAGAGAUAGAGAGAGAGAGAGAGAGAGAAGGACCAAUGAGGUUUCAGGGGAGGGCAGGGUCACGCUCACAGGGCUUUUCCUAUUGGACGAUCCUGUUGCCCAAUAGCAUUCCAGAUGGAUUCUGCCUGUGCCAGAUAUUGUUCACUCUUUCUACCAACCACACCACUGAUGUCUUCAUGAUAAAAAGAAAAAAUAUGAAAAUAGAAAUUUUUUUUGCUGCUUUUCUUGUGUAUAUUUUCUAAUUGAGAGUUAUAGAUUGCAAUAGUUUGUAUCAAUUGAGAUUUGCUAUUUCUUUCUCUUCAUAUAUAUGUAUAUAUAUAUGUACAUAUAUGUACGUAUGUAUAUAUAUAUAUAUAUGUAUGUAUAUGAUUUAGCUGGUUAAAAUAUUUGCAUUUUGUGAAAACAAAAAGAGCAUUUAUAGGUUAUAGUGUAUAUUAAUUUGUACAAGAUUCCUUUCUUUAGCAAGCCGUGGGGAAAAUCAGCUAUUUACGUCUACUAAUAACCUAAUAUUAAUGUUAUUGUACGAUUAAUAUUGUUGUUAUAAGAUAUUUGAAAUGCUAUUUUUUAUUCUAUUACAGAUUUAGAGUUUUUAGCCUAAAUGAGAAGGUCUUUGGUAAAUAUUGGAUGUAUUUAGAAUGUUAUGUAUUUCAGUUAUAUUGUAAACAGUGUUUAAAAUGUUAAUAUUGUUGAUUUGAUUACUGUAAUAAUUAUUAUUUGUUUUUGUUAUUCAGACUUAUUAUCACUGCAUUUUAUUUGAUAUUAAUUAUGGAAAAACAGAAAGCACUUGCGAGGUAUGUCUAUUUUUUAAGUGCCAUGCGACUACACUUCCCCUUCCUCUCACCUGUUGGUUUCUCUGAACCUGUCUUAUGUCAUUCUGUACAUAAUAUUUGUAUUUCUUUUUACAGGAAAAUAUGUUCAUUUAGUUUAAAUAUGAAUGUCUUGUUCUACUUUCUUCCUUUCCUUUUUUUUUUUUUUUGUUACCGUGAUUGUUAAAUGUACUCCUGUAAUAAACUAUAAAGUGGAAAAGAUA